GUGAGCUUCAGUUGGCGCUUGCGACCGCACGUAGAAGGUGGUACUUUGGAAACGAUAGUUACGCGGGCUGCUGGCUGCGGGUUGGACUUUUGUCGUGGAAUAAAUUUAUUGUUUGAUUACUGAAAGCUGCAGCAGCGUGAAAGAGCACAGCUCGAGUAGUGUAAAUAGACGUGGUCAAACAUUUGCUUAUGAAGAGAACACUAGUGCAGGUGUUAUUAUUGUUUAUUGAGAGUAAAAAUGCAAGCAACAUUAUUCAUUUAAAUACAAUUACAAUUUGAUUACAUCAGCAUUGUAAACAAAUCGAAUGAGCGUAAAAAAAACGAUUCAAACACUCAGAGUGAACGGUUGAAAUUGCACGCGUAGUCCAUCGCCAGUCGCAAGUCAGCCAAUUUGAAAGCGAUUUAUACGAGAACAAAGUGCAUGUGGCCGCGUUGUCACUUAAGUGAAUAACGAGCAUGUAAAAUAAAGCAAAUUUCACACACGACAUCAAGUGUUGCAGUUGAAAAAUUAAGUGAAAAGAUAAACAAACUGAAAAAACGUGAAAAGUGUUUUAAAUUAAUUUAAUUCAAGCGCUCGCGUCAACAGUAAGUGAAAGUGAUAAACAGUACAAUACAUAUAUACAUAUUUGUAUAACAUACACAGAGGCGCUACACCCUGUACAGCAGUUACGUUUUAAAAAUGUCAGCAAUUAAAGUGUGUGAAGCGCUCGUGACGCUUUACGUUUAUACGCUGUGUGGCCUAAUCACCGCCUCUGCGCUGCCUUACAACUACGAUGACAUACACGAUUUGAGCGCCACGCGUCCCGACGCGCAACCAAAACAAUUGCGGCUCUGGCUGACAAUAAGUGCGCGCCAUCGUUUUUUGGAGGUCUCUUGGACCAAUGCGCCUGCGCACAAGGAUGAUCACAUACUGAUUACCAUGCAGGCGCCACAUAAGUUUGAACGCGUCGAGUUUACUACCGGCACGCCGCUAGCCGCAUUUGAUAACGCAGAAGGUAGCGGCUUUGUGCCAAACGAUGGCAUUACCGAACGCAGCACUUCCUCGCCGACGCGCUAUCUACUCGAACGUGAAAAUAAACACAAUUACGUUGCGCGCUCGAAUGCGAGCGACACUUUUGAAGGUAGCGGCUUUGUGGAUACUUACAACGCGGCGCCGCCCACAGCAUCAACGCCGCCGCGUCUUUAUUGGAUUUCAAACAAUGGCAGCGAUGAUAUAGUCGCUGCAUUACAACCAAGCGCCGCCGCGCAAUGGUUCACCACGGGUGUAUAUUUUGAUUACGCGCUCUCGCGCAACGUGAACGCCAAAACGGGCUGCUAUGGCUUUUGGGCGAGUUAUGUGAAUGCCAGCGGCGAUAUAUUGGCCACCAGCUGUUUGCGCGCCUAUCCGCGUUGGAUGCGCGAAAUGCGCGCACAGGUGGGCGGUAUGCGUAUGCGCGAUCUCUUCAUACCUGGCACACACGACUCCGGUUCGUACAGGCCCAAUUUCGAUCCACUACUACGCGAAACGAUCGUCACAAAGUAUGCGCUCACACAGGAUGAUGAUAUACGCGGUCAGUUGUUGCAUGGAGUGCGUUAUUUGGACAUACGCGUUGGUUAUUAUCGCAAUACGCCCGAACGUUUCUACAGUUACACGACAGCGUCCUCUAGCGGAAAUUAUUGAGCAAGUUAAAGAGUUCGUCUUGGAGACAAAUGAGAUUGUGAUAUUCGGUUUGAAAGAGUUUCCGGUUGGUUUCGGUAAAGGUCUUGGCGUUCAUCGGCUGCUGGUCAGUUUCUUGCAGCAGCAAUUCGGCGAUGUUAUCGUGCAUCCUUCAGCGUCAUGGCGCGCCACAUUAAACGAUAUUUGGUCAAGACAACAGAACGUCAUUUUGGCUUAUGAUAAGGGCCAAGUAGUGGCUGAAUUUCCAAAUACAGUAUUUCGUUCGGUGGAGCAACGUUGGGGCAAUGUGCAAACAUGGCCAAAGCUGGAGAAGUACUUACGUUCAAUUAACAACUUUGAUGUUUCACGCCUAUCAAGCCGACCCAUUGCUGAUAUGGCAGAACUGACACCCGACACGUGGGGUGUUAUACUCGAUAAAUAUGGUGGACUGCGAAAAAUGGCCGAUCAAGGCAAUUGGCGUAUUUCAGAACUUUAUCGCGACGAAUUGGGCGCAAAUGCGAAUAUUGUUGCGGUUGAUUUCAUUCGUGGCACCAGCCUAAUGGACAUCGCACUCGAAUGGAAUAAACGUAAAGUAGUGUACUAUUAGGCGUAGAAGUGAAUUUACAUAGAAAUAUCUAUAUGUAAAUGAGAAUUCUAAAUUCGCCUUAGUUUAUACUGCAUUUUCUUAGAAUACAAAUUUUAUUUCAAAACUUUUUCUUAAAAUAUAAAAAUAAAAAAGCCAACAGAAAAUAUCUCACCAAGAUAUUCUCUUUUCUCGGUCAGUGAAAGAAAAAAAUGUAUUUUUCAAAUUAUUGAGAAUUUUUGUAAAAUAAAAUUAAGCCAAAGUUUUAUAUUUAAGAAGUUAGAUAUAUUAGUAAUUAUGAUUAUAAUUUUUUACAAAUUUUAUAUUGAACAAAAAAUUUAAAAAAAAACUAUACAGAUCGUAUGGAAUAUUAAUGUUUUUUUUUCUGUUUUAUUAAGCAAUGGCAAUUUUUAUUUUAAAAUAAAAAA